AAGAAAAUAAAGAGAAAAGAGUUAGUGGAAAAAGGGUGAAAUAGUAGCAGAAGAAAAUAUCAGGGAAUCGAGAUAGAGAGAUAGGAGGAUGUCGUCGGAACCACCGCCAUUCCAAGAGGCAUCACGUUGUGAUAUCUGCAGUUGCAGCUUCAACACCUUCCGCCGACGGCACCAUUGCAGAUGUUGCGGCCGAACAUUGUGUGCUGAACAUUCAGCAUAUCAGAUGGCCUUACCACAAUUUGGUCUUCACUCAAGUGUUAGAGUUUGUGGAGAUUGUUUUAAUAAUUCCUCUCGUAGACCCAUUGGAGAUGGCAUGAUAGCUUCUGCAAAUGAAGUCAAUUCCCUGAAAGAUUCAUUUUCAGCUUUAGAUGUCGGUGCCGUUGCAGAUAUCAAAACCAAAGACACUGUCAAGCAGACUCUUCCUUUAGGCAUUACAGAAUGCAAAUGUGGGAUGCCUUUGUGUAUAUGUCAAGUGACGGCUACUCAAACAACAUCAGUCGCUCUACAGGGAAAAGUUGUGCCAAACCCAAGCGUAAACAUAAAUCCAAAACCAAAGAAGGAAAUUAGACUUCCAACAAGUAGAGCUUCAACAUCAAACAAGCAAGGUACAACUUUCAAUAUUGGUCCAGCUACCAGCUGCAAUAUGGAGACAAUGUCAGCGGAUUAUGAAGUCAGUGGGGAGGGUUUAAGAGAAGCAAUAAAAAAUGGUGAUGUCGGUGCUGCGAAGAAGCUCCUGAGUCAGGGUGUUGAUGCAAAUUACCUUGACAAGCAAGGAUCAUCAUUGUUACAUCUGGCAGCGGUAUUCAAUCGAACUGAAAUAGCAUUUGCCCUCAUGGAGAGUGGAGCAAGUUUGUACUGCAAAAAUUCACAAGGUGAAACACCUCUGGAUUGUGCUCCUGCCACAUUGCAAUUCAAGAUGAAAAAGAAGAUGGAAGAGAGUGGGCAGUAACGUUUCAUCCGAAAGUAACACUUGUCUAAACAAUGCUACAAAGGAAGCUACUACUGUUUCAGAGAAUGGUGAGCUCUAAUCUGUUUGUUUGUCAUAUCUUUGUACCCUAGUAAACGGCUACAAGGUAUCAGCAGUU